GCGCCCCCUCGGCCCCGAUCAGGAAGCGGAGCGGAGAGAAAGCGCUGCUAGAAUGACACAGAAGCAGCGCUGAGCUGUAGGACAGACUGCGGCUAAACCGAGGACCAGCUCCAGCACGGCAUCACAGCGUCAUCUCACCAAAACACACAGCAACGACAAAAAUGCUCAUCAAAGAAUUUCGAGUGAUCCUACCCAUUUCUGUGGAGGAGUACCAGGUAGGUCAGCUGUACUCAGUAGCCGAGGCAAGUAAGAAUGAGACAGGGGGAGGAGAGGGCGUGGAAGUUCUGAAGAAUGAACCAUAUGAGAAGGAUGGAGAAAAAGGCCAAUAUACACACAAAAUAUAUCACCUGCAGAGUAAAGUUCCAUCAUUUGUGAGAAUGCUAGCACCAGCAUCAGCUCUCAACAUUCAUGAGAAAGCCUGGAAUGCUUACCCAUACUGCCGCACAGUAAUCACGAAUGAGUACAUGAAAGAGAAUUUCCUCAUCAAGAUAGAAACAUGGCAUAAACCUGACAUGGGUCAUCAGGAGAAUGUACACGGUCUGGACCCUGACACCUGGAAGAAGGUUGAUGUGGUGUAUCUUGACAUUGCUGACAGAACUCAGGUGGAGCCAAAGGACUACAAGCCAGAGGAAGAUCCGGCCAAGUUUAAAUCUGCCAAGACUGGCCGAGGACCCUUGGGGCCUGACUGGAAGAAAGAACUGCCCAAAAAGACAGACUGUCCGCACAUGUGUGCCUACAAACUGGUAACGGUGAAGUUCAAGUGGUGGGGACUGCAAAACAAAGUGGAGAACUUCAUUCAGAAGCAAGAGAAACGCUUGUUCACUAAUUUCCACCGGCAACUCUUCUGCUGGAUUGAUAACUGGAUUGAACUGAACAUGGAUGACAUUCGCCGGAUGGAAGAGGAGACCAGGAAGGAGCUGGAUGAGAUGAGAGUGAAGGACCCCGUAAAAGGGAUGGUGGCUCUUGAAGACUGAAUCUGCUGUAUAUAGACGGAGUGUGCUGCUGUUUAUAUUGGUGUGUAACAGAGGUGCCGGCUACAUUGCCGUAUUGUGAAAUUAUAGGCUUCCCCUGUCGUUACUUGUUAGGAAAAUUUCCCUCGAAAUAUACAUUAUUAAUGACUUAAUUCUAUUUAAUUACUGGCCUCAUGUUACACAGUUGUGAGUUUUUAAAAUCCUCAUCCUUUGUCUUUCACCUCCUACUUCUUGAUAAGUAAUGUAAUUUCAGUUACAAUCUCGCUCACUGUCUCUCUAUCACUCACUUAUGUAAUACUUGACACCAGCUGCAUCAAUUUUCAGACAAAUUGGAUGAUAAUUCCUAAAGGAAAAUAAAUAUUCUGCUCCUCUGACCAGGCUGAUAAUAGAAUAUGAGGAAUAAAAGAUAAAUAGCACUUAUAAAUAACAAAAUAAUCAUUUCCCAUGCACCAUCACGAAAACCAACAUAGCUGACACACCACAGAGAGACAUUUAUGGUAAGAUAAUUAAUAUGUCAAAAUCAGAUGGUGGUUCUGUAUAUAUUCCCUACAUAUUGGGAGGUGAGUUAUUCUCAGAGCUGUAUAAACAGUUUUUCCAGUAAUUACUCUUAGUAAUUAAUCUUAGAUGUGUUUUGCGGACCAAGCUGACUCUCCUCAGUGUUCUGUUUUGAACUCCUUGUGAUUGUCCAAAUUGUUAUUUUUAAAUCUUAUUAUAUUCAUCUCACCUUCCCCACUGAAGCGAGAGCUCAUUUGAAAAGUGGGCCUCCAGAAUGACAGAUGCUCAUUUGUGUAUUCAGAGGUCGAGGCAGGGUGUCAGUCUACUAUAUUAAAUAUAUUCUUAUUCAUCAUAAGGCAAAGAUAGUCAGUAAAAUAAGAACACUGCACUGAUUGCUCUGUGCCUUCUUGAGCUUCAGAAGUCCAUACAAGUUUACCAGCACAUCCUUUGUCUCACAGAGCAUGUGUUGAUCAGUACAUUGUGCUUCUCUAUGGAUCUUUUAGGGUGUUUCACAACCUUGUUUCAUCCUCUGUAUACAGAAUUUGUGCUUAGUCAUUCUCCUGUGCUCUAUUUCUGUCGUCAAUAAGUCCUCUAUUUCCUUGGUUUUUCCUGUGCGUAUGUGGGAGAGGGCAAAAGAGGGUUACAGAAAUAAGGAAAGUAUGUGUCUGUGUGUGCAUGCAAACUUAUGCUAGACUGUACAUGGCGACAUGGCGACAUGGCGAGUUGAGACGACUCCGCAGAUCCACAAAGCACGCCAGAUUUUGACAGCGCACAGGGAAAAUAUCUGUUUCUGUUUAUUUGUUUUUAUUUCUGCCUUUUCAUUGCUGUAUACUAAGUUGCUCUGAGAAGGCAGUGGACUGUGCUUGAAUGAUAGCAAAGGUUUGUUGUUUGCAUUUGAAGUCGUUGGCCCAUUCUCACACUUCUAACUGAUAAAAGGAAACUUUUAUUCAGAUUUUAGCAAUAAUGCUCACAUUUCCAUCUCAUCUCACACUUUUUCUCAGUAGUAAAACUCAUCUCUGUGUCUUUCAGUGAUGUAUUCAUACUGUUCCCAGAACGUUGCUAAGUGUCAGCACUCGACUGGAUUCAGGAAAGGAUUCAUUUGAGUAUGGUUGUCUGACUGUAUUUUCUAUGUAUAACAGAAUAUGUGUGCGUGAGUGUGUGUGUGUCUGAAGUUAUAUUAUCAGUGUUAGAGGGAUGUUUAAAAUAUGGAUGGACAGAGGGUCGCACUCUCGUCCAUGUAGCUGACUUUCACAUUCAUUCACAUUCAACACUGUACAAUCCCAUUAGCAAUACUCCACCACUGCGUCAGCCCUAAGAACCCUAUCAUGGAGCUUUUUGGAUGUAUGUAUUGAAUUGUACAUAGUAUAUAAAUAUAUGUAGAUGAAUAUAUUGCUAUAUAUAUAUAUAUAUAUAUAUAUAUAUAUAUAUAUAUAUAUGUAGGUCAGACUGUCCUCCUGCCAGUCCAUCAACACUUGUCUUACUCUUACACCAUACUGUGGUUGCAGGAUGGUAUAUUUUGAGGAAAAACCCUAAUGCUGCUGUCGGUCCAUCAAAGCCAAUCUGAAUUGCAGUAAACACACUGAUUUGCUCUUUGCACUACUGAGUGCAGUUUGGUUCUGUCAGGACGAACAGCUGGAAUGCGAAUCAGUACUGAACCAUGCUGUUCUGCUCUUGAAAUCAUAGAACUGUUAAAUUGUUAACAUAAUGGCCUCUCAGUGUCCUCAGAUUCCACCUCUUUGGCAGGAUAGUGUUAAAAAAUAUAUUUUUGUUCCCUGUUGUCGUCGUACCUGCAGUAUGUCAUCAGUCUCCGAGCUCUGCUGCUGCCUAUUUUAACAGGUGAGGUCUUUCAGAGAUGUCACCACCACUUUUUACUGAUCUCAGAGCAGUUUUGCCAUUUCUUCAUUAUAUUAAAAAGGAGUGAUUCAAGUCAGAGAAACUGGUCUUUGACCAGUACAGGGCAGCUUCUAUCCAGAACAUUUGUAAUAAAACUGAGAGUCUGAAUAAGAAGUGACUUAGAAGCAGAAUAUCAAAUGACCUGAUUCCUCGCUCGUACAGGAAGCAGAUCAUUGUGCAAAGAGACUCUCAUAUAGCUAUGUUGUUAUUACAGUUCUCGUUUUGUCGUCACGUUUACAAAUCUGCUAUUUUAGAACUAGAAAUGGUUAAUUUUUAAAUGUUUUGGUUUAAUGUCGCUCCCUUGCUUGUCAUCUGUUUUUAGUUUCUUUUACUGUGAAUUUGUGCCUUUUGUCAUUUUAUCUUCUGAACUACAUGGAGAUGUGAAUAAAAUAAAUAUGGAAAGAGAAAA